AUGAGUACAAGCUUUGAUCUCAAUGACAGGGUGAAGGUUAUCGAGGAUCCAACGAAGAACGUUAAGCAAAUACAAGACAGAGUAUUGGAAGAGAUCGUCACUCGCAACAUGAACACAGAGUAUCUUCGACGUUUUCUUGACGACGGUGACGGCCAGUUCGAUAAAGAACACUUCAAGAAGAAUGUUCCUGUCGUCAAGUACGACGAUGUCAAGCCUUAUAUCGAGCGUGUCUUCAAUGGAGAGCCCUCGGACGUCAUUUCUUCCGCACCCAUUACCAGUCUCCUGCUAAGUUCCGGAACUUCAGGAGGAGCACAGAAGAUUAUUCCUUGCAGCAACACGUUCUUGGAGAAUUUUCUAUUCAUCAACGAUCUUCGCAUGUUCGUUACAAGCAAGCAAGUGGAUGGCGUGGAACGAGGAAAAGGAAUGAUGUUUUUCUUCGCUACUAAACCACCACAGAUUCACGCGCCUUGUGGUUUACCUGUUUGGUCCGCAACCAGCAGCUACUUCAAGAGCGAUUAUUUCACACACAGACCAUCGAACUGGCACACUUCUUACACGAGCCCUGAUGACGUCAUCUUCUGUCCGGACAGCAGGCAAAGCCUGUACUGCCAUCUGCUCUGCGGCCUUGUCCGAAGAGACGAGGUCGUGAGGGUCGGUUCCUUUUUCGCUUCUGUCCUGGUAAGAGCGCUCAAGUUUCUCGAAGAUUUCUGGAAGGAAUUGUGUUCGAACAUACGAUUAGGCCAUAUCAGCGAGUGGAUCACUGACCCGGAUUGCAAGAAUUCCGUCUAUCCGAUCCUCGGAGGGCCUCAGCCUGAAUUGGCGGAUACGAUCGAGCACGAAUGCAGCCGAAAGCCAUGGGAAGGUAUAGUGUCUCGGCUCUGGCCGAACACCAAAUGUGUCGAAACUAUCAUCACCGGUUCGAUGGCGCAGUAUAUACCGGCGCUAGAAUUCUACGGCAAGGAUCUGCCCCUCAUCUCGACGAUUUACGGCUCUUCGGAAAGUGUUUUCGGGAUAAAUCUCGAACCUCUAUCUGAACCUCGAGACAUAUCUUAUACUUUCAUGCCUAACGCAUCAUACUUUGAGUUCAAGCAUGUGGAUGUAGAUGAUGAUCAUGGGAUUGUUGAUCUUGCGGAUGUAAAACUAGGGUUGUACUAUGAACCCUUGGUCACAAAUUUUUCUGGUUUAUACAGAAUGCGAGUGGGGGAUGUCCUACUCGUGACGGGUUUCCACAACAACGCGCCUCAGUUUAGAUUCGUAAGGAGAGAAAACGUGGUUUUAAGCAUCGACACGGAGAAAACGAACGAGGAGGAUCUCUUCAAAGCCGUGAAUAUCGCGAAGCUUAGGCUCGAGUCUUCGGCUCUAAGGCUGACAGACUUCACCAGCUAUGCCGACACAUCUACUGUCCCGGGCCACUACGUUCUCUACUGGGAACUAAGUAGGGCCGAGGACGAUCCCGAGCUCAUUCCCGAGGUGUUGGAAGACUGUUGUUUCGCGGUCGAGGAAUCGCUCGAUGCUGUUUACAAGAGAUGCCGGAGCAAAGAUACGUGCAUCGGAUCGCUGGAAAUACGAGUGGUGAGAGAUGGAACGUUCGAUUCUCUGAUGGAUUUCUUCGUUGGAGAAGGAGCUUCGAUUUGUCAGUACAAGACGCCCAGAUGCAUUCAGUCUUCAGCAAAGGCAUUGGACGUUAUGGAGGAGAGGGUCAUUGCGAGAUUCUUCAGCAAGAAAUGCCCUCCCCUGCAUGGAUCGAUAGUGUUUCCAAUUUGA